GCGAGCCCGCGUGCAAGCCAAGAUCAUGAACUCGAAAGCUUCUCAGCGACCACAUUCUUUAUAUGUCUCCUCACAUUUCCCGCCUUCUUACCUGAGAGACAUGACACCCUCGUCACCAGGCCUGCGUGGAAGGAUCGGGGAACGUCGCACCCUUCACCAUGAGACCGAUCACACCGUAGACGAGUUUCGAAGCAAGCCGACCUUGAAAUUGCUGAUAGGCUCUUCGCAAGAAAGUGGUCCCAACGCGGCUCGCUCGAAUUUUGACCCUACUCACCCUAGAGUCAAUAGUGCAUCCAAUCUUUCUCCGUUUGCUCCCAACUCACCUAGUCAUUUACCAACAACUUUGUUAAAUCAGCAUACUUCAUCUACUUCAUUAGUAUCAUAUCCAGACCUACCUUCCCCUUGUUUUUCAAUCAGAUCAGAUCGUCUUGAGAAGUCUCACCACAACAUGCACAAUAUGCGCACUACCCACCGCCGUUCCGUCCAUCCUGGAUUCGAUAGUCCAGCACAUCCUGCCUUUGCUGCACCUCGUCCACGCCCUCGACCAAAGGGCAACACGCCAGCUGCACGUCCAUACUCCUCUAUCACCUUGGGAGGACGUCCUUUAUCAUCAGCAUUUGGCGACGACACCCGUAUCGUCACGGGUUUUUUAGCGUCAGCGCUUCCUCUCAGCGCCCGCCCGCCACCAUUGCCAACUCGUCCUACACAGACCAUGACGAUUGAUCAGUUGGAGCAACGUCAUCGCCUCGCCCUUCAACGCUUGCAGGAGCCUGCUAAUGCACACGCCGCUCGUAAUCUUGGUAGCAAUAACGCAUCUCCUUUGUCCUCCCAGAUCUCGUCUUCCAGAAACACAUCACCACCUGUCUCAGCACAUCGGACCAACCGCCGCGAAAAACCGCGUACCCUUAUAGUGCUCGAUAAAGAUCAAGGUCAGAUCGGCUCCGAGACUUCUGCUUCCAAUGACGCUUCCAAGGAGAACAAGAAGCCAAAGCGAUGGGCCUUUUUGCGAUUUUUUGGCACGAGGGAUGUUACUCCUCACUCGCCUCCUCCACCCGGAAGUAAGGCGUCAAAGAAGGAUAAGUCAACAAAGGCAAGGCAAUCGGACGGUAGCGAAAGCCACAUACCCGUCCUUAUACUAUCGGGCGAAUCUGGUUCUGAGGAGGCUGGAAGGCAUCUCGACUCUGAUUCCGAUUCUGAUGUUCCUCUGGCUCAGUUAAGACUUCGCCCACGACUACAUAACAAAUCAUCCAUGGCCACUGUCUGUACUUCAUCCUCUAGUGUAAAUUUACAACGAACCCCGAGGUAUACACGUAGUCAGGUGAACAUGUCACAAUUUGGACAUGCGCCUCUAUCGGCCCCAUCCUCGGGCUCGCAUAGGCUCAGUAUGCUAUCAAGCGGCCCAGCAAAUCAUCACGAAUCGAUGGCUAAGAAUCGCAACAGCAUGUUGGUCCCUCCAGUUGGACAUGGUACUUCAGCAAUGUCAUUACAGAAGCAGCUCAACAGAUCAUCAGCGUGGUUGACUUACUGAACGGACUUCAGUCUCUGUAGCAUGGAUACCAAAAUUUCAUUCAACUUACUAUCUUAGACUACCACUGUCAUAGCACGAAUUAAUCACCUUUGAAAUUUAAAUAUAUCAUUCGAUCAUCGUCUUACUCUUAAUUCCUCUGAUUCUUGAUUGCUUUACAAUCUCGUCAACUCUUUUUGAUCUUCAUUGAGGAUUGUCUCAGUAGUCGAAUUUUUGCAUAUCUCAUCUUGGUCUUCUAUUCUCAUCGUUAAUCUUGCACGUAAUAGGAGUAUAGAUAGUUUUUUUCUAUUCUCAACAAAUAUUGCUCAAGUCAAUGGUUUCUUUCAGAGUUUCGUUUUAGGUCUGAUCUUACAUGGGGGUUCAAACCCAGAAUAGUAGUAGCAAAUCUUGGUUUCAAUCAUUGUGAUUUACUUACGGCGAAAAAUUAAAGACCGCCGCUCAUCUAAACUGAGAUAGAAUUGUAAAGUUUUUUGAUGCUUGAUAGUGUAGAAAGAGCAUCAGCUUUCCC